CUCUCUCUCUCUCUCUCUCUCUCUCUCUCAUUUGAAAAUAGCAAUGGCGACGAUUGCAAUUAUCGGAGCUGGUAUCUUCGUGAGGACUCAGUACCUUCCUAGACUGUCAGAGAUCUCCGAUCUGUUCCAUCUGAAAGCCAUUUGGAGCCGCACGCAGGAAUCCGCAAGAGCUGCCGUUGAAAUAGCCGAUAAGAACUUCUCCGGCGUUCAAUGUAAGUGGGGAGAUGAAGGCCUUGAUGAUAUUAUCCGUGAUUCAUCCAUCACCGCUGUUGCUGUUGUUUUGGCUGGACAAAAUCAGGUUGAUAUUUCACUCAAGAUGCUCAAGGCUGGUAAACAUGUUCUUCAAGAGAAACCAGCAGCAGCUAGUGUAAAAGAUUUGGAAACUGCAUUGCAUAACUACAAAUCAAUUUCUGCUGAUGCUCCUCGACAAGUAAUUUGGUCUGUGGCUGAAAAUUAUCGAUUUGAGCCUGCCUUAGUGGAGUGCAAGAAACUAGUUGCUGAAAUUGGGACAAUGAUGAGUGUUCAAGUUAUUAUUGAAGGAUCAAUGAACAGUUCAAACCCCUACUUUUCAAGCUCUUGGAGGCGCGAUUUCACUGGAGGUUUCAUUCUUGAUAUGGGUGUGCAUUUCAUUGCUGGGUUAAGAAUGGUUGCUGGGUGUGAAGUGGUUUCAGUUUCGGCUAUGACAUCUCAUGUGGAUUCAUCUUUACCUCCCCCAGAUAAUAUAUCAUCUGUCUUCCAUUUGGAGAAUGGUUGUUCAGGAGUAUUUGUAAUGGUUGUCUCCUCGAGAACACCCAAGAUCUUGUGGCGAGUUGUUGGCAUGAACGGGACAUUGCAAAUUGAGCGUGGAUUUCAAGGACAACAUGGCUACCUGGUUUCAUUAUAUGGUGUUGAUGGACAAAGUAAAAGCUCCUUUUUCCCAUUCAGUGGAGUAACUGAAGAAUUAAAAGCUUUUAUUAGUGAUGUAUCUGAAAGCACUCUUAAGAAGGGGAGUGAGUUAGUGGCUGAGCCCCGCCUCUCUUACAUUGAAGGUGCAAGAGAUGUUGCUGUUUUAGAGGCAAUGCUUGAAUCUGGAGCAAGGAAUGGUGAACUAGUUCAUGUUAAAAGGUUUUGAAGUUAAGUAACCCAUGGAAAUAGCUUCGUUGCCCACAUAAUUCAAUAUCAGUGAAUUAUUUUAUAUUGGUCAUGAACAUAGUGCUUGUAAAAGCAGUUGAUGUGUAUGAAUAAUUCCUGUGUGUAAAGAACAAUUCGUUUAGGCGUUGUAUUCAUUUAUUGAAAUAAUUGCUGAUGAAGAAACUAUUAUUUCCGGAUUCCGAUCACAGCAGAUAUAUAUGAUCAUGCAUCUUUAACUUUUAGUA